GCCCCAGCCCUGUGCCACCACCCGCGGCAGGGUCCACUGGCCGCAGCCCAGCCCGCGGCCCCCGGUGCGCCCGUCUCAUUGGCUGAAGGCAUUCUCCCCUGAAUUCUCAUAGGCUGUCCCACUUUUCCUCCGCCCCCCGCACGGACCGCGCGCCGCGAGAGCCAGGGAAGCUGCUCUAAGUCCGGGCCUUGGGAGCCGUGGCUCGGCUCGCCGCUGCGAGAGGCGCGGAGCGCGGGGGCCGGGGGCCGCUCUUCCCACCCGGGGACGCUCUUGCGGAGCCGAGCCCGGCAAAUGGGCGCACGAGGAAGAGAGCAGGGAAAUGGACUGCUAUUUGCGCCGCCUCAGACAGGAGCUGAUGUCCAUGAAGGAAGUGGGUGAUGGCUUGCAGGACCAGAUGAACUGCAUGAUGGGCGCGCUGCAAGAACUGAAGCUCCUCCAGGUGCAGACAGCUUUGGAACAGCUGGAGAUCUCCGGAGGGAGUCCUGCCCCUGGCUGCCCGGAAAGCCCCCGGACGCAGCCCGAGCCCCCUCCAUGGGAGGGUGGCAGAGGUCCUGCCACGCCUGCAGCCUGCCCCACCUCCAACCAACCUUCUCUUGGCGCCAAGUUUCCGUCCCAUAGCAGUGCCUGUGGGCGGGACCUGGCCCCCCUGCCCAGGGCACAGCUACCGGAGCACCGAAGCGGUGCCCAGCAGGGGCCCGAGCUGGUGGAACCGGAAGACUGGACCUCCACCUUGAUGUCCCGGGGCCGGAACCGACAACCUCUGGUGCUAGGCGACAACGUUUUUGCAGACCUGGUGGGCAACUGGCUGGACUUGCCAGAAGUGGAGAAGGGUGGGGAGAAGGGGGAGGCGGGGGAGCCCAAAAGGGAGAGGGGCCAGCCCCGGGAGCUGGGCCGCAGGUUUGCCCUCACAGCGAACAUCUUUAGGAAGUUUUUGCGCAGCGUGCGGCCUGACCGAGACCGGCUGCUGAAGGAGAAGCCAGGCUGGGUGACGCCCACGGUCUCCGAGCCCAGAGCCGCCCGCUCACACAAGGUCAAGAAGCGGAGCCAUUCCAAGGGCUCUGGGCAUUUCCCCUUCCCGGGCACUGCAGAGCCCAGAAGGGGAGAACGUCCUUCCACCAGCUGCCCCAAGGCCCUGGAACCCUCACCUUCUGGCUUUGAUAUUAACACCGCUGUUUGGGUCUGAGUCCUAGAGACAGAACAUUGACUGAACCCAACAUGACCGGGUCCCAGUGCUGGGCCCUGGGAAGGAUGGGGUGUGGGCACUGUGGCUUUCAAAAGCCUAACUCCGAGUUCCUUUCCUCCAGAAAGGAGGGAGAAGCAGCAAGAGUGUCUGGAGCAGGGCUGACCAGUGUGUGGUUGAGAGAGGCUGUGGUGGGGGCUGGCUGGUGGAGAGGUGAGAGCUCCUGGGUUGAAAGAGAGACAUUGAGAGAGAGAGUGGCGCUCACUUUGGGACUGCAGGUGACAGUGAGGGGCCGGGGGAGGAGACCAGGCAAUCCUGACAUUCCUUCAGGGCCCCCAAAGACCUCAGUUGAACAUUCUGUAUGGAUUAGGGCCCUGGGGUCUCAGGUUCCCCCAGAGAGGCCCCCGAUCUGGCCCCAACCUUAUAAACCAUUGGCUUCCCUGGCAAAGCCCUGCUCCAGGCACAGGCAUGGAAACCCCAGCCCUCCUGGGAUUGGGAUCAGCAGAUUCCCACCCCCACUCCCUGUUGCCUUUAAGAUUUCAGCCCAUACCCGUGUCCUGAGACAUGGGCCGAAUAAGGAGUGUACCUAGAGGAGUACUUGAGAUAGCCCUAUGUCUUUUCAAAAGCACAGGAAAGAUAUUUAUCUGUAUAGCACUUUAAACGUUGGAAAGCCUUUUCAUAUCUUCUGAGUAAGCAAGUAGGGCAGUUACCAUCCCCAUUUCCCAGGUGAGGAAGCCGGCCUAGAUACGCCCCCUGCGGGCAGGAGGCACACCAGUGCAGGGCUGGCCCGAAGGGCCGCGGCUGGGCCCUGGAGUCAUACGCGCUCCUUCCCCCGCACCCCGCCUCCAGCAGAACCCGCACCCGGGACACAAGCACACGGGCGUCCGUCGGCGCGGCCAAAGUGCGCCCAUUCGAAGGACGCACUCAUUUUUAGAUUCCCAGCCUCACCCCGUGGCCUCCCUCCCCGCUGGGAGCGGAGGCCCGUCUGGCCGGACCAGACCGGCGGCGGGGAAGGGGAAGGGCCGGGCAGGCAGCUCCGCUCCCAUCGCGCGGCGCCUAGAGCUUUCCUGGAGCGGCGCACGUGGCCCUCCCGCCCCGCAGGGAACGCCCGCUGGCUGGGAAGAGACAAUGCGGGUCCCUCUUUGGGCCCGGCCCCGCCCUGCAGGCCCUCCCCCUCUCCUCCCCUCGCCCCUCCCGGCUGAGCUCCCCUCCCGCCUGAUGGGGGGUGACAGCGCAAUUAGACGCAAGCAGCCUUCCCGCCCUCGGAGCAUUAACAGCAAAUUGGAGGAGAAGAAUAACAAGCGAGGCGCUUCCUGCAUCCUGGACCCCUGGAGACCAAGCUGGAGGAGGGAGGAGGCUUCGCGCGGCAGCUCCACAGCUUGAGGUGGGGCCAGUUAGGGUCACUGUCAGACCCCCACUCAGUCACAGGGGAGAUGUUUAGUUCUUGGUGGCGGAAGCUACCGGACGGAAGGUGCUACUUUUAUGUAUUUUCUCCAGUGCUCGCUAUUUGCCCGGCAGUGUGCAGAACCAUGCCUUCCAAACUUCAGAAUGGCCCUAGAAAGUACCAUCUUCCUGGUAAAUCAGUGGGGGCUCUUUAGGGGUCAGAGAGGCUGCCCAGAUCAGGCUUCGAGCUAAUGGAGGAAUCAGGAUUUGGAACAGGAUUGUCUGGCUGCAAAACGGCCUUUUCUCCUCUCCCUGGAGUUUGCCAGUAGAGCCAGCCCUUUUCUGGAGGAGCAAGCCCCCGCUCAUCCUUUCUGUCUCCCCAGGGAACUGGGGUAGUUCAGGGCAGGGUGGAGGCCCUUUGGCUGUGUCCGCCUUGCUGGGGGCGGGGCGGU